AUGUACACCUGUGGUACACCGACUGGUGCAUAUCAACUAGGCAUACAGCAUGCAGGCUUGAGUAUUACACCUACAGGUCGUCCCAAAAAAAGACCGCCAAACACAGGUGCCCUUCUUUUUAACUCAGUCGAAAACGGUAUGCUUUUUUCUUUGCUUGGACAUGACUGUGUCUCAUUAGCAGCAGGUGUUGUACAGUUGCUGAAAUCUGAUCCACGGAAUCCAGGAGUAUGGAUCAAAGCUCACAGAGGAGUGGUUUCGCUUGUCAAGGACUAUGAUAAAAGAGCAUAUUUCCUACGCUUAUAUGAUAUUUAUAGGAAACAGUAUCUUUGGCAACAAAUGUUGUAUAAGAAUUUUCACGCAUCACAACCAUUGGGAUGUCCUCAUCUUCUAACAUUCGAGGGAGAUGAAUGCGUGUUUGGUUUGAAUUUUUCGAGUAAGGAAGAAGCAUUCAGCUUUAAGUCCCACCUUGAUAAGCGCUAUGAACAGGAAAAAAAGUCUCAAGAAAAAGAGAAGAUGGUAACUAGUGGCGGCUCACAGAACAUUUCUGGGUCGCUUCUACCCUUUGGUGGCCGAACUCAUGCAGUUUCGGCAGUACAUAGGACUGGCAUUACUAGUAUGGGCACCGUACCAAAUAUUGGUGGCGGCGCAUGGACAAAUUUUGUGACGAUUAAUAGAACCAAAAAGAAAAGUUCAAAAAAAGAAAAGAAGCAGAAGAUUCGGAAGGAGGACAUUAGCAAUCCAACAAAUUUUCAACACAAAGCACAUCUUGGGUGGAAUCAAGAUGGUGGUUUCUCACAAGAAACGUACAACUAUGAUCCAAUGGAUGAUAGUGUGAAGGCUGUGUUGCGCGCUGCGGGAGAGAAUCCGGAGCGAAUGUCCAAAGAUGACUUGGAAUUUUCGAAAAAAUUUAUUACUGGCUACCAAGAGGUUCCUAAACUACAGCAGCCGUCAGCUCCAAUGCAUCACAACUAUCAGAGGCCUUUUAUGACCUCCUCAAUUAUCAAUUCUUCAACAUUAUCACCAGUUCCGCCGCCACCACCUCCGUUGUUACGUCGUGAAGGAUUUCAUAUUACUCCAGUCUCAAGACCGCCGCUGAAACCACCAGCUUCCAGCAAGCCUCCAGCUAGGCCUUUGCCACAGCCACCGGGUGCAAUGAACGGGACAUCAACUACCUACCGACCAAAUGAUGUACCCCCACCUCCUCCACCGCCACCACCACCGUCAAGUUCUACGUACUCGGUACCGACGGCAGCACCUCCUUCAUCAGUUUCUACAAAUUCUUCACUCGCACCACCUCCACCUCCUCCUCCACCGCCACCACCACCACCUCCUGUAACGUGCGCCAGUGGUACAAUACCUCCGCCUCCACCACCUCCGCCAUCUUACACUUCGACAGCCAGCAAUGGUGGUGGAGGGAAAGCAAGUUUGCUUAGUGAGAUACAAGCGGGAGUUACUUUAAAACAAGUGACAACAAACAUCAAUCAUGAUAACAGUAUUACCGAUGCACGCGAUGAAAUGAUGGCACAAAUAAGGCAAGGAGCCAAUCUAAAACCUAUAGACAAAGAAGAGAUUGAAAACCGGAAAUCAGUACCAAAUUCUACGGAUGUAGCUGGAAUUGCAGGUGCAUUAGCUCGAGCUUUAGAAGAAAGGCGUAGGAAUAUGCGCAAUUCAGAUGAGUCGGAAUCAGAAGAAGAAGCUAAUAACAACGACAGUGAAUGGGAAUCAGAUUGA